AAAAGCAAAGAUGACAAAUAAAGUUUGAAAUUCAAAAGAGAAGCAGCACGAAGAAGACGAAGAAGACGAAGAAUCUUGGAAUUCGAGAUCCGAGGAGAAGAUGCACUCGUCUCUUCAGACUCAGCAGCCGGAGCAGCGAUGCCGGCCGAUGACCUCGACGGUAUCGGAGAUCGAGGAAGUUAUACCCGAUGAGGACUCCGAUAGAACGACUCUUCUUAACGGUGAACCGUUGCGUCGUCGAGUUUCCGGUAAGUUACCGGUGGACGAAGAACCUCGUCGGAUUUUCCGGCAGCAAUCGUUCGGCCGCGAUAUCGGCCACGCGGCAGCUGAGACGUACCUAAUUACUGGACUUAGCUUCAAGCUUCUUCGUUACCUCGGGGUAGGCUAUCGAUGGAUGACAAAAUUACUUGCCCUUACAUGUUAUGCUAUGCUGCUUAUGCCUGGCUUUCUUCAAGUUGCAUAUAGUUAUUUUUUCUCAAAACAAAUCCGGAGGAGUAUAGUGUAUGGAGAUCAACCAAGGAACAGGCUGGAUCUGUACUUGCCAAGCAACAACGAUGGCUUGAAGCCGGUUGUGGUUUUUGUGACGGGUGGAGCUUGGAUUAUUGGGUACAAAGCUUGGGGCUCGCUCUUGGGAAUGCAGCUAGCAGAAAGGGAUAUCAUUGUAGCAUGCCUUGACUACAGGAACUUUCCUCAGGGAACAAUUAGUGAUAUGGUAACUGAUGCUUCUCAAGGAAUCUCAUUUGUCUGCAAUCACAUCUCUGCAUUUGGAGGUGACCCCAACAGGAUCUACCUGAUGGGGCAAUCAGCUGGUGCCCAUAUAGCCGCUUGUGCUCUGUUGGAACAGGCUACUAAAGAAUCAAAAGGAGAGAGCAUCUCCUGGAGGGUGUCCCAGAUAAAAGCUUAUUUCGGAUUAUCUGGAGGGUACAAUCUAUACAAUUUGGUUGAUCACUUCCAUAAUCGGGGACUGUAUCGCUCGAUUUUCCUAAGCAUAAUGGAAGGAGAGGAGUCCUUUAAAAAAUUCUCCCCAGAAGUAAGAUUGAAAGACCCCGUUGUUGGAAAAGCUGCGUCUCUAUUGCCUCCUAUUAUACUUUUCCAUGGAUCCUCAGAUUAUUCCAUACCAUGCGAUGAAAGCAAAACUUUUACAGACGCUCUCCAAGCUGUUGGAGCCAAAGCCGAGCUUGUUUUAUACAGCGGAAAGACACAUACCGAUUUAUUUCUUCAGGAUCCCUUAAGAGGCGGUAAAGACGAACUCUUUGAUGACAUAGUCUCUGUGAUACAUGCGGAGGACAAUGAUGCGCUGACGAAAGACUCAUUGGCUCCUCCCAGAAAGCGUCUUGUCCCAGAGUUGCUGCUGAAACUGGCUCGUGAGAUACAAUCUCACUCACCAUCAAACAACUACAACAUCUGGGUUAGUAUGAUGAAAGUAGAGAGUAACUGGGCACAAGCCUGUGAUACAUGCCGAUCAGCCGCCUGCACCGUGUACUGCCGGGCUGAUUCUGCCUACCUGUGCACCAGCUGUGAUGCUCAAGUUCAUGCUGCCAAUCGUCUUGCUUCCCGCCAUGAACGUGUUCGAGUCUGUCAAUCAUGUGAGCGAGCCCCGGCUGCCUUUUUCUGCAAGGCAGAUGCUGCAUCUCUAUGCACUACCUGUGAUUCAGAGAUUCAUUCAGCAAACCCACUUGCUAGACGCCAUCAACGAGUUCCAAUUCUGCCCAUUUCAGAAAACUCUUACAGUUCCACGGCCACUAACCAUUCAUGUGAGACAACAGUGACAGAUCCAGAGAACAGACUGGUGCUUGGUCAAGAAGAAGAGGAUGAAGAUGAAGCAGAGGCAGCUUCGUGGUUGUUGCCUAAUUCAGGGAAAAACAGUGGUAACAACAAUGGGUUCUCUAUUGGUGACGAGUUUCUGGACCUUGUUGAUUACAGUUCGAGUGAUAAGCAAUUCACUGAUCAAUCCAAUCAGUAUCAACUAGACUGCAACGUACCUCAGAGGAGCUAUGAGGAUGGAGUCGUUCCACUUCAAGUUGAAGUAUCAAAGGGUCACAUGCACCACGAGCAACAGAACUUUCAGUUGAGUAUCACCUGUGGCUCCCCAAGAGCUCAUCGAAGCUCCAAUGGUUCCCUAAGUCAUAUGGUACAUGUUUCAUCUAUUGACCUGGGAGUUGUGCCAGAGUCAACAACGAGUGACGCAACAGUAUCAAACCCAAGAUCGCCCAAAGCGGUAACAGACCAAGUACCUGACCCUCCAGCUCAGAUGCUCAGUCCAAGGGACAGAGAGGCUAGAGUCCUGAGAUACAGAGAGAAGAAGAAGAUGAGAAAAUUUGAGAAGACGAUAAGAUAUGCUUCAAGGAAAGCGUAUGCAGAGAAAAGACCACGGAUCAAGGGGCGGUUUGCAAAGAGGAACGAAGUUGAUGCAGAGGCAAACGAAGCUUUCUCCACAACAAUAACGUUUGACACCGGAUAUGGAAUUGUUCCAUCAUUCUGAUGCUGCUAUGGCAAAACUAGACUGCAUGCUUGUAAAUUACUUCUGGUUUGAAAUUCCUGCAGGUUGUUACCACGGAUAUGCAUAUAGGCAUGUAGUUUUGUCUAACUAGUACGAGUUAAUUAGAUAUAAAUUCAUAUUUAGCUA